AUGUCUCACUCAUCUUUAUCUUGGUUAGCCAACUUCAAUGUUGAAACUGUCCCAUCUAAAUAUUUGAGAAGAUCCUCAAUCAUUGGUACCAUUGGUCCAAAAACCAACAACGUGGACGUUUUGGUUAAAUUGAGAAAAGCUGGUUUGAACGUUGUCAGAAUGAAUUUCUCCCAUGGUUCUUAUGAAUACCAUCAAUCCGUCAUUGACAAUGCCAGAAAAUCCGAAGAAGUUUACAAAGGCAGACCAUUAGCCAUUGCUUUAGAUACCAAAGGUCCAGAAAUCAGAACUGGUACCACUGUUGGUGACAAAGACUACCCAAUUCCACCAAACCACGAAAUGAUCUUCACCACUGAUGAUGCUUACAAAACCAAAUGUGACGACAAGGUCAUGUACAUUGACUACAAAAACAUUACCAAAGUCAUUGCUCCAGGUAAAAUCAUAUAUGUUGACGAUGGUGUUUUGUCAUUUGAAGUUGUCUCCGUUGCUGAUAACCAAACUUUGAAAGUCAGAUCCCUUAACGCUGGUAAGAUUUCUUCUCACAAAGGUGUCAACUUGCCAGGUACUGAUGUUGACUUGCCAGCUUUAUCAGAAAAAGAUAUUUCUGAUAUUAAAUUUGGUGUUAAAAACAGAGUCCACAUGAUCUUUGCUUCCUUUAUCAGAACCGCCAACGAUGUUUUGGAAAUCAGAAAAGUUUUGGGUGAAGAAGGUAAAGACAUCCAAAUUAUCUCCAAGAUUGAAAACCAACAAGGUGUCAACAACUUUGACGAAAUUUUGGAAGUCACUGAUGGUGUUAUGGUUGCUAGAGGUGAUUUGGGUAUUGAAAUUCCAGCUCCACAAGUCUUUGUUGUUCAAAAACAAUUGAUUGCCAAAUGUAACUUGGCCGCCAAACCAGUCAUUUGUGCCACCCAAAUGUUGGAAUCCAUGACCUACAACCCAAGACCAACCAGAGCUGAAGUUUCUGAUGUCGGUAACGCUAUCUUGGAUGGUGCUGACUGUGUUAUGUUGUCUGGUGAAACCGCCAAGGGUAACUAUCCAGUUGAAGCCGUCUCUAUGAUGCACAACACCUGUCUUACCGCUGAAAAGGCCAUUGCUUACCCACAAUUGUUCAACGAAUUGAGAUCAUUGGCCAAGAAACCAACUGCCACCACUGAAACUUGUGCCGUUGCUGCUGUUUCUGCUGCUUACGAACAAGAUGCUAAAGCUAUUGUUGUCUUGUCCACCAGUGGUCUUUCUGCCAGAUUGGUCUCCAAAUACAAGCCAGAUGUUCCAAUCUUGAUGGUUACCAGAAACGAAAGAGCUGCCAAAUUCUCCCACUUGUACAGAGGUGUCUACCCAUUCAUUUUCGAUAAACCAAGUAUCGAAAACUGGCAAGAAGAUGUUGAAAACAGAUUGAGAUGGGCUGUUUCUGAAGCUGUUGAAUUGGGUAUCAUUUCUAAAGGUGACUCAAUUGUUACUGUCCAAGGUUGGACUAGAGGUUCUGGUCACUCUAACACUGUUAGAAUUGUCCAAGCUUAA